AUGCCGCCCCCCGGCCCGCCUGCCCCGGCCCGGCUCCGCCCUGAGCGGCGCUCCCGGUGUGUGGCCCGGCCCGAGCCCCCCGCGCCCGCCGCCGAACUGGCCUCUGUCCCCGCCGGGCCGCGGCUGCUCUUCCGGCGGGAGGAGGGGCGCGCCGCGCGUCUCUACCUACCUGCGGCCAAGGCCGAGCUGGCGCCCCUAAUCCGGGCCCGGGGCGGGCAGCUGUGCCGCCUGCAGGAGCCAGGCGCGGUGCUGCUGGGCGGGCCGGGGGGGGGGGCGCCGGCGGGGCGCUUCGUCUCCACCCGCUACACCACCGACUGCGUGCGGGAGGGCCGGCGCCUGCCCCUGGAGCGCUACCGGCUGCGGCCUCCCGCCCCCGCCGCGGGGAAGCGGGUCCUGGGCGGCCGCCUGCCCUUCACGGAGGCCGAGGACCGGGCCAUCCUGCGGCGGGCGCGUGGCAGGGGCAGGCGCGGCGGGACCGCUAUCUCAAGCAGCUGCGCGGCAGGGAGGCGGCCGGCCGACCCGGAGCCCGUCCCCCGGGGGCAGUGCUCCUCCUAUCCCGAGGGCUUCUGUGCUGGUUUUUUCCUGGCCAGGCUGACCUUUUGUAUACAUCACAAAAGUUUGCCUUAUCUUGUACAGAAUGCAUCACAAAGAAGGCAAGCAAUGGAAGUACCCCAGCAAGAGGAUCAAAGGCAUGCAGUUAGAGCGUCAAAGGCCCCUAGCAUUUUCCAGGAGGCUAAUCAAGAAUUUGAAGGCAAUGAGUGGGAAAGCGAGAGCACUAGCCCUUCAGGGAACACUCUUCCGAAUCACACUGAUCCCAGAACAUCCAUGAGUCCCAAAGUCCAGGUGAUAGAGGUGAUGUCCAGUGAAGAUUCUGCUGUCCCUCAAAGCCAGCCCUUGGAGGAGGAGGACCAGCCUUCAGAGCACUCUUCUGAGCCGGCGGUGAUGGCAAUUGAAGACAUGAAAUGUUUCAUGGAAGAGUUUGGUGUGGAUCUGGCAACUGUGACUCAAGCUUUUCUUAAAACCAGUGGGGAAGUCGCCGCUGUGGCCCGUUGUCUGAAGAGUGGCCCACAUGCUGAUGGCUGCCCCCCUCUUUGGAGCAGGCAGGAUGAUGAAGAAUUGCUGAAGGGUGACCCUCAUCUCAGAAGCAAGCUAAUCGCCAGAUAUGGAGCAGAGAGCGUGAACAGACGAGUGGCCUUCAGAAAGAGCUAGCUUGUGGAAAGGGUGGUUUGAUUUGUGGAGUAUCAAACGGCAGAGCAUUAAACUCUCCUUUCUGACAUGCGUUUCCUUUUGAGGAUGCAGUAGGCAGCCGUGCCAGAUGCCAAGGCCAAGAACUUGCAUCUCAGUCUCUGUCUAAACUGAAACUAAAUGGCUGUUCUGACAGAGAGGGCUUCCAUUCAACUGCCAGUAUUUAAAGGCUGUUCCCACCCCACCCCCUUUAGGUUAUUUCUUCUCAUUAUGAGUGCAGCUGGUUAUCUUUGAUCGGGUUGUGAUCCGCUCUAAGCCUGCAUUGUGGGGAGAGCAGACUAUACAUCUAAUAAAUAAAAAUAAAUAAAAUUUGAGCAGGCAAUAAAACUGUCCACAUUUUUCCUCCCUUCACAGUAUUGAGCCACAGCUGUGUUUGUUACCACUGGCAGUUGCGUGUUGCGUGCCUUUAUCCAUCGUAUGAGCCUCUGGUUUGAGUAUGAGUCUCUGGCUUAUAUGUGCCAAAGAGUUUAGAAAGCAUUUUUUUCUCAUUCAUCCAGGGUCCACAGCCUACAGGUGCUCGAAUUCCUAGAGCAUAGUGUUUCAAGUACUGCCACACUAUUUGCUGCCCACAUUUAGUAGCCUAUUUUUUCUGUAUUCAGACAGUUGGCUUAAAUUGGCACUUGCUCAUUUCUCAGUACUUGCUGGAAGACAGACCCAAAAAGAGUUUUUCAUCUUCCUCUCCCCAAACCUUUCCAGAAUUUUGGCCUCCCUCACUGCCUGUUCUCAGUUAUACCUGUUUUUCUUCACUAACCUGCCUCAGGGUCUUGCAGAAGCCUCAAUUGGAUUGGGAAUGUGGAGAGAAAAGGCCUGUGCAAGACAGCCCUUUCCUCUUCUAUAAGAACUGGAUACUCUUGCUCCCUGGAGGAGGACUUCUAGUCUGGCCUGUGGCAGGAAAGUCUGGCACAUGUUCCCUCCUUUACAGGGCUUUAACAGCUGUUGAGGCCCCCAAACCAGACCCAGUAAGGAGAACAUGGAAUACAGAAACAGAAACAAUCGUUCUCUUCAGACCAGGGAAGGCCACUUUCAGCCUCUGGUGAUACUCAAGUAAAACAUCCCAGUGGGCAGCCUGGAAUCUUCCUUGAAUAGGCAAAAAGGAUGUAAGAUGGCUGGUGGAAAUGGAAGGCCCCUAGAAGCCUUCUUGCCCGCGUGCUGUGAUGCUGUAUAGUUACCUUAGUCAUAGUCACCUUAGCAACAUCCACUUAACAGGCACCAUGUGCCAUUUGUCCUUCAUGCAGGUAGUUAAUGGACUGUUGUCAGUAGUGUGGGCAUGAUGCUGAAGUCAGCACACACGGGGCAGAGAUGGUUUCUGGUGGCUAAACAUAUUAAUUGUGGCCAAAUUGCCUAGUCUGAAACUUAAAAGGCUGAUGCAUCAAGUUAAAUUCAAGUGAAAAACGGUACCUGUGACAGACUAUUGAUUUGUUUUAUACUCACAAGAUGCCAUACAUCCAUAACAGCUCCAAGGUGGAUUUCAAUAAAAACAAGUGAGAACAAGUCAUAGUUCUAAAAAAAAUCCAGAAAGGAACAGCAGGACCAUCGAAGCCUAGCAUCAGCAAAACCACAAACCAUAGCAAAAAUAUCUCACUUCAACUUAGUCGUUGAAGGCAUGAGGAAAAGGGCGAGUGUCACCAACCUCCAGAGAGAGAGGAGAAACCCCCCAGGGAAGAAGCCUGCCAGCCUAGCCUAGCCCCCACAACUGAUAGUGCCCCGUGUAGGGCUUACUUGACACAUCUUAGUGUACAGGGAUAGCAGCUCCUAUAGAGAAGACAUCCCUGGGGUAGUUGGGCCCAGACUAUUCCUGGGCUUUAAAGGUUAAGAGAAGCAACUUGAAAACAGAACUGACAACCAAUGAAGACGCUUAAAAACAAAAUAGAUGUUCUGUAGGCACAACAGUUAAACCUUUCAGCAAACAAAUUCUGAAUCAACAGAAGUUCCUAGUCCGUCUUCAAGAAUAGCCCCAUAUAAAGUCCAUUGCUGCAAUCCAAUAUAAAAGUUUAUUUCAAAAAAAUAUCUCGCAGCCAGAUCCUAAUUUCUGGUAGUAGGACUGUUAGCUGGCAUAUCAGCCAACACUGAAGAAGGUACUCCUGUCCACAGCUGCAGCCUGAUCAUUCAGGAACAGAGCGGGCCCAUGGGGGGGGGGGCAACAGCAAGCAUUUUCCAGCCAAAUAGUUGAUUGAGCCUCAUAUGUUUUUUAUUCUCUCUUGACUACAACUACUUUGUGGAGGUCACAGCUCUGUCUAGAUCUGGUGGGAAAGAGAAAUAGAGCUGAAUUUCACCCCAGAGCUGAUCUGGAGCAGCUUGUAAAAGGACAAACACUAGAGGUCAAACUGGAGUAUAGCAGAGAUGCAGGGGCAGAGGUGAGAGUUGUAAAUGGAGGUUUGGUAUAGUCUGUAGGUAAGGAUCCAUUUGGCUUCCAUGGUAUCGUUUUAUCCACAAGCGCUUGGUCGGUAUCAGCCCUACUUGAGAGCAAUUCCUACUUUCCUCAUAUUACUUGGGGGGUGAAGACAUUUCUUGUGACAUUAACAACCCUUCCUUAUCAAAUCAAAGAAACGGAGCCCUUUCAGGAACUGAUGAAUGAAUAGAGGUGGCCGCAGCACUGGCCCGUGCCAGCUUCCUCAUUGUCCCCUCCCCCCAGUGCUACAGGCAGGUCAUGGAAGGAAAGACUUCAGCGGUGCUAUAGUGAUGGGGAUUUUCUUGUACAGGUUGAUCAAGAUUUGUAUGAAAUAUGAACUCUUAUCCAGGGGUACUGCCUAUCAGAGUUAGUCAGUUCAUUGUAGAUGGAUUAAAGAGGCUUAGACACUUGAUAGGAUUGCUGGUUACAACGGCAAAAGUGGAUUAAUUUUCAUGGGUUCUCAAACAUCAGUUUAUGCGUGAACCAAGGCACAGACAAGAGUUCCUCUUUUGAAAAGAAGCAGAGUUCAGCUGCUAAAACAGAUUAUGCAAAAAGAAGUCAUGUUGGAACCCUGAAGACUAACAGAUUUAUUGAACUGUAAAAUGGAGCUCACUUCAUUUAAUGUGUGCAAUAACUCUCAAUCACGAGGAUGCAUGAACCAAGGGUCCAAAGGCCGUGAAAUGCAAGAGGCUCAGUUCAUGACAUUUGUGCGUGAAACUCAUCUAUUGGAUCAACACAACAUGCACAGCAUGCCUUCUGGAUCAACGCAAAGUGGCAGAACACAACUAGUUCUCAUGGUGCCUUGUCAAGUCCUUGCCAAGAUCUUGAAGGACUGCAGCCAUCUCGGGCCAUGGGACCUCUCCUCUGCAUGCCGUUCCCAGUCUAAAACAGUUGCCAGGAUCAAUCUACCAACCACCAGUGCUGGGCCAGGGCCCAGGCUGCAGUGAGACCAGAGAGCUCGGCUCCUCCACGUCCGUUCAAGCAGAACUCUCUUAUAGAGCCCCACAAUGCCAGCUGCACCAUCAGGACUCGUUCACCUGCUGUCCUCCCACACAUCAUAUACGCAGUGAUCUGUCAACAGUGGUCUCCUGCUAUCUCCGUCUUGGCAUAAGCAGACCCCCAUUUGAUUCAGAGGUGGGGGCCUGCAAGAGAGCUGAACGCUCUGUUGCUGACCUCAACAGCUUCAUUUUUCAACAGAGGAAUGUCAAAGGGAAACUCCAACAAGAGACUGCUGAAUUGCAAUCAGACCUAUGAAUAGAUCAUAUUAACCAGGGCUGAAAAAGAGGCAACACAUUGCUUAACCACCACUUAAAGUGCAAUCUAAGAAGAGUUACUCCAGUCUAAACCCAUUGACUUUGGGCUUAGACUGGAGUAACUCUUCUUAGGAUUGCAUUGCUAGAGUGAUAAUGAGGUAACCAAUGGUAUCACCAAUUGCAUCUCUUGAGAAUAGUCAUUUUGCUUACGUUGUAUACUUUUAGAAUUUUGUACACAAAUGUAACCAACUCAGCCUCUGCAGAUCAUAGCCUUUUAACCCUCUGCUUAUGAUUAUGUAUGUAUGUAUACAUGUAACCUGAUGAAUGGGAUUUGUGACAAAGGCCGUUCUGGCCUGUAAAAGUAUCUGUUUUAAAAGUGCCACAAGGCCCAUUUUCAUUUUUCA